UUAUUUUCCCCCAAACUUUUCACGAGCUCUGUCCUGUUCGGGUCGAUACAAAAACCGCCUACUCGAGAGAGGUCGCCAUUUAAGCAAGGCAACAAACACAUAAAAGAAGAGUUUUCUCUUAGUUCAAACAAAAGGAAUUUUCUUCUUUAGAUCAUAAUUUGAUGAAAUCUCGCUUGUUUUAAGCCUCCCUUUGCGCUAUCUUCAUCUGCACACCUCUACUUGUACAAACAAGGCCCUUGGGGAUUUCAGGUUAUAACAAUGUCCCGGCCUCUGCAUCGAGGUGUAUCUGGAAUACGGAACUCGGGCAACAGCAAUGAUUUUUGGGACUCUCAAGUGAAAGAUAAAGCAGAGAAGGAAGAUUUGGAUAGAAAUCACCCUUCCGAUCCGAGCUAUUCACCACUCAGGUUUCCUUUUCGGUUAUUUUGUCCGGAUAAUUCACCUUCUAAAUAUGGUACCACUGAGGAUGGUUUUACAUCUGAUCCCUUCAGUGUUGGUUCUCCAAGAAGCCGGCAUAAGUUAACCGUGCUAUUUUUGAAGUUCAGUUUAGUUUUGAUUGUGAUUCUUGCCCUUACUGGAUCAUUUUGGUGGACACUCUCCAUUUCAACAAUGUCUAGGGGUCAUAUAUUCCAUGGUUACAGACGACUGCAAGAGCAACUUGUUUCUGAUUUGUGGGAUAUAGGUGAGCUUUCACUUGGUCCUUCAAGGAUGAAAGAAAUAGAAUUAUGCCCUGAGGAGUCUGAGUAUCACAUUCCAUGCUUUAAUGUUUCGGAGAAUCUUGCUUUGGGUUAUUCUGAUGGUAAUGAGUAUGAUCGAUUAUGCGGACAAGGCUAUAAGCAAAGUUGCUUAGUUCUUCCACCUGUGAACUAUAAAAUUCCUCUAAGGUGGCCAACUGGGAGAGAUGUAAUUUGGGUUUCAAAUGUCAAAAUUACUGGUCAAGAGGUCUUCACUUCUGGCAGUUUAACCAAGAGAAUGAUGAUGCUAGAGGAAGAGCAGAUUUCAUUCCGAUCAGCAUCGCUUAUGUUUGAUGGUGUGGAAGACUAUUCCCAUCAGAUUGCUGAAAUGAUUGGAUUGAGAAAUGAAUCUAAUUUCGUACAAGCUGGGGUCAGAACUAUCUUGGAUAUAGGAUGUGGUUAUGGUAGUUUUGGAGCUCACCUCUUUUCCAAGCAGCUCUUAACCAUGUGUAUUGCAAACUACGAGUCGUCAGGCAGUCAAGUCCAACUCACACUAGAAAGGGGCCUUCCUGCAAUGAUUGGUUCUUUCAAUUCGAAACAGCUACCGUAUCCAUCUCUUUCAUUUGAUAUGCUGCAUUGUGCUCGCUGUGGUUUUGACUGGGAUAAAAAAGAUGGUAUUUUCUUGAUUGAAGUUGAUAGAGUUCUAAAGCCUGGUGGAUACUUUGUGUGGACUUCACCUCUUACCAAUGUUCAGAGUUUUGUUCGUAACAAAGACAUGAAGAAAAGGUGGAACUUUGUUCGUGAUUUUGCAGAAAAUCUCUGCUGGGAAUUGAUGUCUCAACAAGAUGAAACUGUUUUGUGGAAAAAGACCAGUAAAAAGAAUUGUUACAAUUCCCGGAAGCCUGGUUCUGGUCCUCCUAUCUGUAGCAAAGGACAAGAUAUUGAAUCUCCAUAUUAUCGACCUCUACAGAACUGUAUAGGUGGCACACAUAGCCGCCGUUGGCUUCCUAUUGAGGAGAGGCCAACCUGGCCUUCUAGAUCUAACUUAAACAAGAAUGAACUAGCACUAUAUGGAUUAAACUCAGAAGAACUCAAUGAGGAUACUGCAAACUAUAAAACAGCUGUUCGUAAUUUUUGGUCUCUUCUGUCACCUCUAAUAUUCUCGGAUCAUCCAAAGAGACCUGGUGAUGAGGAUCCUUCUCCACCUUAUAACAUGCUCAGGAAUGUGCUAGACAUGAAUGCUCGCUAUGGUGGUUUAAAUGCUGCUUUACUGGAAGCAGGGAAGUCUGUUUGGGUUAUGAACGUAGUCCCGACAAGUGGACCCAACUACCUUCCCCUCAUUCUCGACAGGGGCUAUGUUGGUGUACUACAUGAUUGGUGUGAAGCAUUUCCAACAUAUCCUAGAACUUAUGAUAUGGUUCAUGCAGAAGGUCUUCUAUCCCUUGAGACCAGUCAACAUCGAAGAUGCACCAUGCUUGAUCUAUUCACUGAGAUAGAUCGAGUGCUUCGUCCCGAGGGUUGGGUGAUAAUCCGUGACACUGCUCCUCUCGUCGGAUCAGCCAGGGCUCUAACAACACGGUUGAAGUGGGACGCCAGAGUCGUAGAAAUUGAAAGUAACAGCAAUGAGAAACUUCUCAUCUUUCAGAAACCUUUCUUUAAGAGGCAAGCAAGUUGAGAACAAUUUCUCGAUAAAUCCCUAGUUCACGUCUUCGAAUUCAGGCUCAUAAUGUGCAUGUUAAAUAGUCAUCAUAAAGCUCCACCAUAGAAGGGGAUAUACUAUAUGUUUUGUUGAACAUAAAGAAGAUAGAGAAGGAAUCUUGAUGAGACCAACGGCGACAACUCCUAUGGAGCCGUAAGGCAAGCAUAGGACUUUUUAAUUACUCGAUCGAGGCAGAAUUGCAAGUGAGAAACUAUAGGGUCAGGUUUAAAUUUUCAUGUUUAUGUCUCAUUAUGAAUAUACAACCACAUGAUUAAGAUUGUGAAAGAUGAUUUACAGAAUAAGUGCUAUUAGCUGUGCAGUAUAGAUUAAAAAAAAAACAAAUAAGUCCUUAGACAGUGCCAUUUAUGAUGAA